AUGAACAACAUUACGGAUCUUAAUCCAAAUAUUAUUCCAUUUGAUGAUACCUAUAUUCUUUAUGAUCCAAGUGACCUAAUCUCUUUCUUGAGUGCUUAUUUUUCACUUUUGCCAAUCUUAAUAUUAACGUUUUAUUUAUCAUGGUUCAUUUCUACAAGAGAGCUAGAAGCGUGCAUUAUGGCUGCAGGACAGUUAGCUAAUGAAAUCUUUAAUAAUAUUAUCAAAAAUAUAAUUAAACAGCCGCGUCCAAUUUCAUUCGGUGAUUCCUUCCAAAAUGAUACUUUGCGUUCUGGCUAUGGCAUGCCAAGUGCUCAUUCACAAUUUAUGGGUUUUCUUUUUAUCUAUAUUUCAUUAAAAUAUACUUUAUCUUGGAAAGAUUUAAGCGUAUGUAAAAGGAAAUUAGGCAUAGUAUUUUUUGCAUUAUUAGCAUUCUGUGUUUGCUCAUCAAGAGUUUAUCUAAUGUACCAUUCCAUUGAUCAGGUAUUUAUCGGAUUUUGUAUCGGAUUAUGUACUGGUUCAAGCUACUAUCUUUUAGUUGGGAUUCUAAGAGAAAUAGGGAUAAUUAAUUGGGUUUUAUCUUGGUGGUUAGCAAGAAGAUUGUAUAUUAAAGACUCUUAUAAUUUAGCACCUUUAUCUUUAAGAGAAGAGUAUGAUGCAUAUUUAUUGAGGUUGACACAAUAUUCAGCAGGAAGUGUAGAUUCUAAGAAGGUGAAUUAA